UCUUCAGGAUAUGGGAGUUAUGGAUAUUUAUCAUUACCUUGUCGAUGAAAUUUCGGAUCCCAGAGUUUCUGACUGGCCCUUUAUGUCAAAUCCGUUUGGUAUAGUAUUGAUUUCACUCGCUUAUUUGUUUUUUGUGCUUUAUUUCGGACCACUUUACAUGAAAGACAGAAAACCUCACGCGCUCGUCAAAACUAUGAUAUGUUAUAAUAUUUCUAUUGCAACUGCAAGCGCUGUUUUAUUCUAUGGUAUACUCACAUCUGGUUAUACAACGCAUCUUUCUAUGGGAUGUGAGCCCUUUGUGAUCUCAGACGAUUCUAUGUCGCUUAGCAUGGCUCGAUGGAUGUGGUGGAUUUUAAUUCUGAAAAUUGCCGAGCUUGCAGAUACUGUCAUUUUUAUUCUAAGAAAGAAAUAUAAUCAAAUUUCUUUCCUUCACGUGUAUCAUCAUACAGCGACUCUCGUUUUGGCGUGGAUCACCUGUAAAUAUGCACCUGGUGGCAUGUGGACCUUUGUAAUGUUGCCCAAUUGCGCAGUACAUGUAGUUAUGUACAUGUAUUAUCUCUGUGCUUGUUUAGGACCAAAAACACAGAAGAUAAUAACUCCGUGGAAGAAAUAUGUAACUCGUUUGCAACUGAUUCAGUUUGCUAUUAUGACGGUCCAUACCUUUCAAGCGCUUCUACCGUCUUGCGAACCAACGCGGAAACCAUUAGCAUACAUUUACAUGUCUCAAGUAGCAUUCAUGUUCUAUAUGUUCUUAGAUUACUAUAGGAAGUCAUACUUGCAAAAAAAGAUUAAGUAAAUAUUAAAAAUAAUGUCUUAUAAUAAUGCAGUAACUAGCUCAAGAGCACAGACAUAAAAGAUUCGAUGCGUUCGCAUUGGAUUUGAAUAAAUGUAAUGUGAAUGAACAAAUAGUUUCUCUCCGAGUUUCUCUCUUAUAUA